AUGUACAUACGAGUAUUUCUAAUUGUAACGAUUUUUAUUUUGACCAUAGUUAAUUAUUUCUACAACGCAUACAACUACUGGACCAAAAAAGGUGUCCCAAGCAUCUCAGUAAAAUUUCCACUGGGUAACGCCAACACAUUCAUCCCAAGAGCCUUUUCAGUCGGAACCCUCAGCAAAAAAUUUUAUGAUGAACUGAAACGAAAGGGACACAAAUUCGGAGGAAUUUAUCUAGUGACUGAACCAAAUCUGAUUGUCGUAGAUCCGAAAUACAUUAAAGACAUCCUGUGCAAAGAUUUUCAACACUUUGUCGACCGUGGGUUUUACUACAACAAAAAAGAUGACCCUAUGAGUGCCCAUUUGUUUGCGAUUGACGGUGUGGACUGGAAAAAUCUUCGAACCAAACUCACACCGACUUUCACUUCGGGAAAAAGGAAAAUGAUGUUCCACUCAGUGAUCGAGUGUUGUGAUUACAUGAAAGAAGCUAUUGAGGGUAGUUUGAGCGAAGAUGUAGAUGUCAAGGAGAUGUUAGGACGAUAUGCAACAGAUGUUAUUGGUUCUUGUGCUUUUGGAAUUAAGUGCAACAGCUUCAAAUAUCCAGACGCAGAAUUCAGAACAAUGGGGAGGAAAAUAUUUACGUACUCCGUCUGGAGAAAAUUAAGAGGCUUCUGUUUGAUGACCAUGCCCAAACUUUCGGUUCGUCUAGGUUUUAAAGCCACCAAUAGAGAAGUGCGAGAUUUCUUCAGAAAAACGGUCGCUGAUACCGUAAGGUUGCGUCAAGACAAAAAUAUUCGGAGAAACGACUUUCUGCAAAUCUUGAUUGAUAUGCAGAACACAUCUAAUGUUACCCUAGAUGAAAUCACAGCUCAGGUAUAUCUCUUCUUCAUUGCUGGAUUCGAAACUACCUCAACUGCUAUGACUUUUGCUUUAUAUGAACUCGCAAGACACCCAGAAAUUCAGACAAAAUUAAGGCAAGAGGUUGAGCAAAUUCUAGCAAAACAUGAUGGCGAGCUAACGUACGACAGUUUGAAAGAGAUGAAGUACUUGGAGCAGAUUAUAGACGAAACACUAAGAAUAUAUCCACCGUUUCCAAGCAUCAAUCGUCGCUGUACUAAGAAUUACACUCUGCGAGAUACGAAUAUUGUGAUCGAGGAAGGUACUCCUGUCCUGAUUUCAGCAUUGGGCUUGCACAUGGAUCCUGAAUUUUAUCCAGAACCUGAAAAUUUUGAUCCUGAUAGAUUUAGUGAAGAGAAUAAAAAAAGUAGGCAUCCGUUUGUUCAUUUGCCGUUUGGUGAAGGACCAAGGAAUUGUAUUGGUCUACGUUUUGGAUUAAUGCAAUCCAAGAUAGGUUUGGUCACUGUAAUAAAAAAUUUUCGUUGGUCUGUUAGUCCAUUGACACAGCCAGUGAAGUUUGACCCAUACGCAUUUCUUCUAGAUUCAGUGAACAAAGUGUAUCUUAGGGCGGAGAAAGUAUGAUAAGUAGUAAGAAUAAUCUGUAGAGUAG